UCUUAUUUUGAUUUAGUUUCAUUAACAACUAUAAUACUUGAGUCAUGUCUGUCGAAGGCAUAGAUUCCAUCCUUUCCAAAAACGUCCUUAAAGGAAAAAAAGUUUUAAAUGUUGAGGUUACUAAUCUAGUGCAGCCUGGUGAAAAUUUUGGAGGUGAGCUUUUAAAGUUAAAUAUUACAACUGAAGACGAAGAAACAAAAUCACAAGAUGUACUACAUGCAGUAGCAAAAAAAAUUCCAGUUGCCGAAUUUGCUCAAGAAAUGUUUAACGUACAAAGUACAUUUAAGGGAGAAAUAAUAUUUUACGAAAAGCUUGUACCUGCUUUUCAAGAAUUUCAAAAGGAACAUAAUUUAAAAGAUAUCAUUAACUGUUUUGGCACAUGUUAUGGAGGCAGACUAAAUAUGAAUGGAAGUGAUAUUGUGGAUAGGGAUGCUCUAAUUUUAAUGGAAAAUUUGAACUAUUUAGGUUAUAACAAUAUUGAUAGAUAUAUUGGUUACAAUUUAGAAGAAGCACAUGUGCUUCUAAAAGACUUGGCAGCAUUGCACGCAAUACCGUUAGCAAUAAAACUGAAAAAACCUGACUUUUUUCAAAAAGAAAUCAGACCUUUAUUAAACAACGAGUUGAUCCCUAAAAACAUUAGUGAAUUUGGAGAUCCAAAUGUUUUGCUACUAGAUAUUUUGUGCGAAUCGGAUAAGUGUGGUCCAUUGAUUUCAAGGGCAAGAAACGUUUGGAACACAUAUGCACAUUCAGAAAAAUAUCAAGCAAGAGAACCAUUUGCUACGUUUCAUCAUGGCGAUCUAUGGGUUAAUAACGCUAUGAUGAAAUAUGAAAAUGGUAAACCCGUCAGUAACAAGUUUGUUGAUUUUCAAUGUUAUGACUAUCAGUCUCCAGCUAGCGAUCUUCUCAAUUUUAUAUUAACAAGUGUCAAGACUGACGUUUUGAAAGAAGAAUUUGAUGGUUUGCUGAAGUUUUAUCAUUCAGAAUUUGUUGAUAAUUUAAGAAAGUUAGGAUGCGACAUAGAACCUUUCAACUGGUUCAAUUUCCAAGAGGAAUUAAAUCAAGAAUCUAAAAGGGUAUUUGCUCGGGCUACUUUUUUUCUAAUUUUUAUUGUUUUUGGACCAAAAAAAGCGCCAGAUUUUGAUGCUAGUUUCAAUUUUGGUAAUAUAAGACAUAGAGACGCAAUCAGAAAAUCGAUUAUCCUCGAGGCCAAAGAGAAACUAUAUAUCAUUGUUCAAUAUUAUGCGAGAAAAAACUGGUUGUAAAUAAAACACUUUUAUUUUUAAG